AUGCUCAAAUCCGUCCUUGCAGCAAUGCCAACGUACACCAUGACCUGUUUCAAACUACCAGGGUCACUGACAAAGCGGAUUCAAUCGGCGUUGACUAGGUUUUGGUGGGAUGGGAGCGAUGAACAGAGGAAGACCAGCUGGAUAGCGUGGACAAAACUUGUAAAAUCAAGGAAAGAUGGAGGACUGGGAUUCAGAGACUUACAAUGCUUUAAUGACGCACUCCUGGCAAAGGUAAGCUGGCGGAUUCUCACACAACCAAAGUGUCUUCUAGCACGGAUACUGCUGAGCAAAUACAGUCAUGACACACCGUUCCUGGAAAGUCGAACACCGGCCACGAUGUCACACGGGUGGAGAGGGAUCUGCAUAGGGAGAGAAUUGCUCAAGUCACAUGUGGGAAGGGCAAUUGGAGACGGAAAAGAAACGAGGAUAUGGGAUGACCCAUGGCUGUCGCUGGACAAGCAUCAGAGACCAAUAGGCCCACCUCCUGAAACAACAAAAGACAUGUUAGUGGAGGCGCUAAUGGAGACAAACACGAAAACAUGGGACAUAGAGAAGAUACGAAAGAUUGUCCCUGGAGCAGAAGCAGAUAUAAUGGAGCUAAAGCCAAGCAAAAGGGGGGCAAGAGAUUCUUACAUCUGGCUGCCCACGGAAACAAGAGUGUACACAGCGAAAUCUGGCUAUUACGAGAGCCUGAAACAAAACCCAGAGGAACAAACUGAAGAGCAAGAAGACCAAGGGGAAAGAUUCAAUUGGCUAAAACACAUAUGGAACAUAAGAAGCUCACCAAAAACGAAGAUGUUUAUGUGGAAAGCUAUGAAUGGCGCACUACCGGUGGGAGAAAAUCUGAAGGCGAGAAACAUAAACACUAUGGUUCGGUGCCCAUAUUGUGGAGAGGAGGAAACAACAUUGCAUCUACUAUUCCACUGCAACUUUGCAGCGCAAAUCUGGAGAAAACUACCCUGCAAAAUCCAAAUUGAGCCUAUGAGUGUACAGGACAUACAAACGGGAAUCGAAAUGUCAUCGAAUAUCAUUUGCUUACCACCAACAGGGAUCGGAGAGGGCCCAAUUCUCCCUUGGCUAGUGUGGAGGAUCUGGAUCGCGAGAAAUUUGCUCAUUUUCAAGAGAAAGAGCCAAUCGGUCGAGGAGAUAGUGACCCAAGCAGUGAGUUAUGCAAGAGAAUGGCAACUUGCGCAACAAAAGAAGAUGAAGAGCACACAAGGAACACACAUACCCAACCAAUUCCGCUCCAUCAGACAAAUCACCGGAGGAGGCUGGACAACAUGCAAAUCUGAUGCGGCAUGGAAAGCAGAGAACAAGAUCGCGGGACUGGGAUGGAUCAUCCACAACGGAAUCAACACCAACGAAGAAGAGAUCUUGCUUCAAGGAUCGAGCGUACAACGGUUCGUCAAAUCGCCUCUCUCAGCUGAGGGACUGGCAAUACUCACGACGAUUCAAAAAGCAAAGGAUCUCGGCAUCAGAAACCUAAUCAUCGCCUCGGAUUCGCAGCAGCUGAUCAAGGCAAUCAACAAGGAGCUCUCCACAAAAGAACUCCACGGGAUUCUCCACGAUAUCCUGGAUUUGGCUUUAGGAUUUGAGAAAAUAGUGUUUGUCCAUGUUCCAAGAGAGGAAAAUCGUAAGGCCGAUGUUUUGGCAAAGCUUGCUUUAACCGAUUGUGUAAUUUGA